UAGUAUGGGACCGUAGAAGGAACGGAACUGUGGUUAAGGGACCCAAGACCCACACGGUCGUAGAGGGACUCCGAAGCGAAUCCAACGAGCUAACUUGCGCAGUCGCCGAGGAAAAUCCUCCUGGCAUGCAGCGGUUGUUCUUCCUCGUCCUCCUCCAUCACCACCACCACCGAGUCUUCUUCCUCGUUCUCUUCUCCUCGUCUUCUUCUUUUGCUACUUCUCCCCGUCGUCCUCUUCGUCCUCCUCGUCCUCCUCCUAGUCGUCCUCCUCGUCUUGCCAGCAUCUUCUUCUUUUUCGUCUUCUUGUAGCUCGUGUCCGUCUUCUUCUUUAGCCUUCUUGCUCCAUCUCUUUUUUUGCAACUUCCAACCAGUUGACUUGGGACGAGGAAGAUCAGUUGUUGAUUUUGCAUCAACGCUAGCUAGCUCCCAGCUCUUCGUUCGUUCCCUCCUUCGUUCGUUCGUUCGUUCGUAUGUGAGUGUGCACCAAGCAAGUAAGCAAGCAAGUAAGCAAGCAAGCAAGGCACUCUCUGGGUGUUUCGUGCCAAGGUUGCCAGCAUUUUCCUAUGGUGAGGCUCAGAGGCAAAUUAUGAUCAGUUUUCUACCUCAAUGGUUCAGUGUGAAAGGGAAGACGAUAUGGUCAUCAAUAAAUGGGUUGGGCGAAAACAGCCGGAAUCAUUCCUAACCCCGACUUCAUCCUUCAUUAGAAAUCGGCUAUCUCUCGUGACACGAAGCUUAGAGAAAAAACUGGCAUCAAACGAGCGCUUACUCAUCCAUGAAUCUGAUCACCUAAAGUGUCACAAGCGCAAUCAAUCACUCAGAAGACAAAACACAUCAAGCGGUUAAAGAAAUACCGAAGAUUGUUGUUGUCACCAUCAUCAUCAUCAUCAUCUUCUUCAUCAUUGUCUUCGUCGUCAUUCCAGCCAAAUAAUUGAACAACCUCGUGGCGGAACAGUCACUGCACAAUCCAGGCACACGACUUGGAAGAACGUUGCCAUAAAAUACCCCGGGGAAGUUAGUUCCUUUUUUGGUGCUCACUGCAUUCAUGUUAAGGGGUAAAUAGGGAGGGGACCUUUUGAUAUCAAGAUCAACUCCACGAACCCGGACAAACCCAGUAAGUGCGAUUAGUGAAACUGCUGAUUGCCAGCAUUUCGUACCAGCGACCAACGUAUGUGUAGGACCUCGUUACCCGGUAUGUACCGAUCCAGCGAGCUCACAAAAGAGGGAACGAGACGGACGAACGGUCAAUGAAGAACAGGCAAAGGCAAACCAACGAACAAACUAACCAACCAACCAACCCUGCAAUCUACCAAGCUCGCCAUUAAGCCAACCAAGAAACACAACUUCUAAAUCAGUCAUUGUCGUCAUUGUCAAUUUCUCUCAACGUUGCACAAUCAAGGGUUGGGGCAAAAAUUUCUCUUAAUUGCCUUAAAGGCUGAGAGAAACAACAACAUCAUCAUCAUCAUCACCACCACCACUAUCACCUUCACAUCCUUCGCCCAUGCUGCCUACUGGAUCGAGUGACAGAGAAACCGAGCGAGAGCAAUUUUCUUGCGAGACUGUGGAACUGCAAAUUGUUAGAAGACGAGAGUAGUUCAAGUGAUAGUUUCUCUACGUGUUUUGUACCUCAUGAUUUCAAAAGUCAUCGGUGAGAGCGAUCUCACGCCUUUACGGUAGAGGGAGACGGAUAGAGAGACACAUACGCUCGCACUCACUCACUCACCCACUCACUCAUUCACGCACUCUCACACAUACACACGCACACAUUUAUACACAACUCGCACCCAGAGAGACCGAGAGAGAGAGAGAGAAAGAAACAAGGAGGAGAAGGGCAUUGAAUUUUCUAAAUUUGCUUUUUGCUACGUUGGUCCAUUACUCCGAGAUCGGUGCGUGGAUCAAGUGCUCUGCUUUUUCCUCGUUAUCCCUUCAGACUUCUUUUCCUUCUUCCUCCUCCUCCUCGUCCAGCUGCUGCUCCUCCCCCGCAUUCUGCUCUACAACCACCACCAAGACCACCACCUCCUCCCUUGGGGGUUGUUUGCACAAUUGCAAUGAUGAUGAAGUGACCUUCUGAAACAUUCGAAUCCAAGAUAUUCAUCCUGUGCCUUAGACACUCAGAGGAAGCCUUAACAUUGUACGAGAAGGCAGCAGUGGUGCUUUUACUGCUGCUUCUGUUGCGACGACGUCGACAACGACCACGUUUCAUAUUUCCGCCUGGACCCCUUCCGCACCAAAUUAAAAAACUACAACUACUACUAGUAUAUGUGCUACUGCUCCCACUACAGGAGCUAGAACAACAACAACUACAACAACAAGAAUUACCCUCACCCCGUGACGACUUCUACUUCUAUGACAACAACGACGUGUAUGAUAUAUGCAUAUAUUCAUCUCAAACAAACGAUAAGUGAUAAAAUCUGGUGAUAUCAUUGGACUUGGUCAAACCACCAAUUUUGUGUACUAUACAGUAACUGUGGUUCGAACCGCUCUACUGACGAUCGAUCGAAGAUGGCCUAUAUGGGCAUCCCCACCAAUCCCACUUUAAGUGGCAUGGCAGCAAGCCAGCAACAUCCAUUUCUGGCCAUGAGUAAUCCUCUUGCUUUGGCCGCUGCAAACUCGGCUGGAGCGGUCGCUAAUUCCGCUCCCACUAUCAUCAAUGUUGGUGCUCUCAUGAAUCAGAAAGACUCUCGAUGGUUACAACUCGAAGUGUGCAGGGAAUAUCAGCGAAACAAAUGCUCGCGAAGUGACGGAGAAUGCAAGUUUGCACAUCCUCCAGAAUCCAUUGAGAUACAGAACGGCAGAGUGACAGCCUGUUAUGACAGCAUCAAGGGACGAUGUAACAGGGAAAAGCCUCCAUGCAAAUACUUCCAUCCACCGCAGCAUCUCAAAGAUCAGUUGCUAAUCAAUGGAAGAAAUCAUUUGGCGUUGAAGAACGCUGUUCUACAACAAUACGGUUUCGUUGGACAACAAGGACAUCAUUCCAUUCGCCCUCAUAUGCAUUCCAUGACGCCUCCCAUUCUAAGUCCCAUAGUAUCUCAGCUCUCAACGUAUCCCAAUACUCAUCAUCACCAAGGCUAUGUGACAAGUAACGCGAAUGGUCAUCCUCAUCUCUUCCCAUUGAUCAUUUCUUCCGAUCCAAUGUCUGCUGCCUUCCCUGGUGAUCCCGUAACUAGCCUUCCAAGUGCCGAUCACAAAUCUAGUUCAACCCAGUUAGUUACACAAGGAUCAUCAGUCUUGCCGCAAGGAUCAAUGAUACAUCCCCAUCAAUUGGCAUUAGCAACUAAUGCGGGAAUGCACCCCAAUCCCCACCACCACCACCAUCAACAACAACAACAACAACAACAGCACCACCAGCAACAGCAGCAACAACAGCAGCAACAGCAACUUCAACACCAACAUAAGAAACCAAGAACAGAUUGCCUUGAGACACUCUCCAGCGUUCCACCUUCAAAACGUCCCGCCAGUGACAAGUCAGGCACGCCAGUAUUCCAUUGUGGUUCGAAUGCUGUUCCCAUUUCACAAGCAGACGAGGAGAACUUGUAUCGGGCUUCCGUUGCGUCAACACCCACCACGAUGGUGGCGGUGGCCGCAGCCGCUGCCGCAGCGGCUGGAGGUUUGGAAGUCGGUGCUCAUCGGGAUCCAAACUUGAGCUCUGUGGCUGCAUACCAACAGGCCUUAAUGCAACUUCACCAACAACAGCCGUUUGUGCCAGUAACUUAUUCCGGUCCACCUACAAUCUCAACUGUUCCAAGGUACCACUAAUGGGGAGCCCAGGAACAGAACUGGAGAUUGGAAACAGGUUCAAGAGCACACAGACAACAUCCAUCAUCCCACCUUCAAUUUUAAAGACAUUCAGCAAAGCUGAAACUAAAUAUAUUGAUUCUACCAA